GCCAGAUGGACCAAUGCAGCCGACUUCGGAAAUCGCCGGUCAAAUCUCGCGCAUGACCUCAAGUGAUCUGCAUACCAAAGAGGAUGCAAUCCGGCGGCUUCUUUGGCUCUGCUUCUCUCAGCUUCUUUGGCUAAACGCGGGUGGCCCGAAUUCUCAGAGGCCAUGCAGAGGUCUGAGCCUAUCCUGACGGACGCGCGUCAAGAGCAAGCCUUGCUGCGCAAGGCUGCAGAAGCCGAGGCACGCUUCCAGCAGGUCAUCGAGGGCAAGCAUCAAAGCAUCUGCGAGAAGCAGAGCCAGCUGCGAUCACAGGUUGCAGCCGCAGAAGAGGCUCUGCGGCGAGAGAAAGAGGCGGCUUUGGAGUUGCAGACCGAGGUGUCUUUAGAGCGCUGGGAGUUGCAGCAGAACGCCAGCAACUUGGCCGCGGCCUGGCCGGCGGUGGAGGAGACUUCCAAGGCGGUGCGCGAGGCACAGACGCAGGUGCUGCAGCUGAGGCAGGAUGCUUUAGAGCACAACCAGGAGAGCAAGAAGCAGCUGGAAGUCGCCAGCAGCCUCUAUGAGUUCUAUGCCGCUGUCUCUGGCAUUCGCUGGGACAUGGAGUCCGACUCCGAGGGGUACAUUGCCAUCGGAGAGCGAGCCACGUCAUUCAAGGUGGACAAGCCGGGCAGCAAGGAGUCUGCGGAUGCCCUCUGGGCUGAGAUCGAGGCCUGCUGCAAAGUGGCAAGCUGAGCGCAUUGGAGGUGUGGAAAGACGAGGGAUACGAGGGGUUCAAGCAAAGAGGUGGCAGCACUAGGAGUAGUGACUCGGACUUCUUGGACAUUGGUGUCAAAUUUGGGAGGG